GUUUUCAUUUAAUAAUAAAAGAAAGGGAAUUAAUAUUAAUAUCUGUGCGGCAGAUGUGGCCAUGACAUCAAGAGCACCAAAAAAAAGCAAAGACGAGAAAAUAAAAAGAGAGAGGAUCUUCGAGAAGGGAACGGCUACCGAUCGCCUCCAAGGCGACCAAUUCUCGUGGAGGCAGCAUCUGCAUUACUGUGAGCCCUUCUCCCCACAUCUGCCCCCUUCCAGAUUCCCGUACUACAUACAGAUCGCAGUGGCCUGUUCCAUCUUUCUCCCCGAUUUCCUCAGAAGAUAAUAAUAAUAGAAAGUAUUCCUCAGUUUCACCCAGUCCUUAACUACCUACACGAACAACAAGAAGUAUCUCCGCCGAGAGUGCACGAUCCG